UCCGGAGGGUGCCUGCGGCGCUGAAUUCCUGUACCAGUCUGUGCCGCGCCCAGAGCAGCAGCAGCGGCCGCCGCAGCAGCGAAGAUGCGAGGCCAUUACCUGUUUGAGCCCCGUCGGAAAGCUGGCCCCGGCCAACUUUUCCCGAUCGGCAGGCCAAGAAGUUGCAAGGACUAGUCGGAGGCUCGGAGGGGCCAGGACGAGGGCGCGCCCCCCCGCGCGCUUCCUCCAUCCCCCCUCCCUGCCGCCGCCCGCGCUCCCGGCCUCUCUCCCGCCCGCGCUCCCUCCCUCCGCCCGCCUCCCUGCUCCGGCCCCCUCCGCGCGGCACCGGGCGGGGGGUGCCGCGAAACUCCGACCCGAGCCACUUGGACUUGCACAGUGUCCUCUGGGCGCAGGGGCCGAGCGCACGCACUCGCGCAGCUCUGCCUCCGCCUGCCCGUCUCGCCCGCGAUCCCGGCCCGGGGCUGUGGCGUCGGCUCGGACCCAGGCAGCCGGCAGCCCGCGCGGGAGCCGGUCCACCGCCGGAGGAGCUCGGCCGGCAUGCUGAGCCCCCUCCUCGGCUGAAGCCCGAGCGCGGAGAAGCGCGGCCGAGCGCCGGCUCCGGAGACCGAGGCGGCGGAGGCGCGAGACCCGGCGGGCGAGCGGCGGCGGAGCGCGAGGAGGGGGCGAACCCGGCGAGGGGCCGCGAAAGAAGCGGUGGUGGUGGGCGUCGUGGCCAUGGCGGCGGCUAUCGCCAGCUCGCUCAUCCGGCAGAAGCGACAAGCCCGCGAGCGCGAGAAAUCGAACGCCUGCAAGUGUGUCAGCAGCCCCAGCAAAGGCAAGACCAGCUGCGACAAAAACAAGUUAAACGUCUUUUCCCGGGUCAAACUAUUCGGCUCCAAAAAGAGGCGCAGAAGGAGACCAGAGCCUCAGCUGAAGGGUAUAGUUACUAAACUAUACAGCAGACAAGGCUACCACUUGCAGCUGCAGGCAGAUGGAACCAUCGAUGGCACGAAAGAUGAGGACAGCACUUACACUCUGUUUAACCUCAUCCCUGUGGGUCUUCGAGUGGUGGCUAUUCAAGGAGUUCAAACCAAGCUGUAUUUGGCCAUGAACAGCGAGGGAUACCUGUACACCUCGGAACAUUUCACACCUGAGUGCAAAUUCAAAGAAUCGGUGUUUGAAAAUUAUUACGUGACAUAUUCAUCGAUGAUGUACCGUCAGCAGCAGUCAGGCCGAGGGUGGUAUCUGGGUCUGAACAAAGAAGGAGAGAUCAUGAAAGGAAACCAUGUGAAGAAGAACAAGCCUGCAGCCCACUUUCUGCCCAAGCCACUGAAAGUGGCCAUGUACAAGGAGCCGUCGCUGCACGAUCUCACGGAGCUCUCCCGGUCUGGAAGCGGGACCCCAACCAAGAGCAGAAGCGUCUCUGGCGUGCUGAACGGAGGCAAAUCCAUGAGCCACAAUGAAUCAACGUAGCCAGUGAGGGCAAAACAAGGGCUCUGUAACAGAACCUUACCUCCAGGUGCUGUUGACUCCUUCUAGCAGUCCUUCACCCCAAAGUUCAAAUUUGUCGAUGACGUUUACCAAACAAACAGGCAGAUUCACUAUUCUAUCUGCCAUUAAACCUUCUUCUCAUAAAGCCCCAUAAUUUAGAUUGAGCUUGUGCAAAAAAAAAAAAAAAAAAAAAAAAAAAGCCAAGCAUUAUCAAGUGAACUAAGUCUGGGGGAAGGACUGCUCAAUUUUCUCAUGCUCUCACCUAUGCUUUGGGGAAGACGAACCAAAAACAGUUCACAGCACUAAUGCUGAUAAAAAUUUGCUCUCCAACCAAGAAAAUUUAAAAGACCACACUGUUCUUCAAAAAUAAACAAACGAAAAAAAAACAAAACCUAAACAGAACAAAAUUAACUGCUUAAAUGUUUUGUAGGGGCAAACAAAAUUAUGUGAACUGUGUUGUUUUCUUGGCUUAAUGUUUUCUAUCUAUGCUUGACUCAAACGUAUUCUUUACUUUGGUAUAGCGCAACUUUAUGAUUUCUGAAAUUCAAUGGUUCUAUUGACUCUGUGUCUCUUAAUCCAACUCAACCAAAUUCAGGGUUGAAGCUGAAUUGGCAUCUCAGGCUCAAGGUAACAGUGUUCUUGUGAUUUUACCGAUUUUUUUUUUCUUGUAGAUUUGUAGUACUCUGGUCAAGUUCUUGUGCUGUACUUUGUGCGUAGAAAUGGAGUUGUGUUGUCAACCCCCGUCAGUAAAGGUUCCUUAAAAUAAAAUCAUCCUCAAGUGUAGAUUUCUCUUAAUUCCAUUUGUGUUAUCAUGUUAAACUAUUGUUGUGGCUUCUUGUGUAACGACAGGAACUGUGGAACUGUGUUGUCUUUCGUGUUGUUAAAAUAAGAGACGUCUUACCUGUAUAUGUAUGAGUUCUCCUGUCAUUGUAUUUGGCACGUGAAUAUUGUGUAUGAGGAAAUGUUAAGACUGGUUACCCCUAAACAACAUAUACUUAUACCUGCUUCUGGAAAAGUGUUUAAGACUUAGCUAGGUUUCCAUUUAGAUCUUCAUAUCUGUUGCAUGGAAGAAAGUUGGACUCUUGGCAUAGAGUUGCAUGAUAUGUAAGAUUUUGUGCAUUAAUAAUUGUUAAAAUCUGUGUUCCAAAAGUGGACAUAGCAUGUACAGGCAGUUUUCUGUCCUGUGCACAAAAAAGUAAAAAAAAAAAAAAAGUUGUUUAAUAUUUGUUGUUGUAUACCCAGAUACGCACCGAAUAAACUCUUUAUAUUCAUUCAAAGAAGAA